GGAGCGAGACUUGAGUGAGCUCAUGGCAAGAGCCCGUUAGGAUGAGAAGAAGAAGGAGGGGGUCUUUCUCUUCGUUGCAUGUCCUGCUUCGCACUCCAUCUCCAUCUCCCACUCCCUCUCCUCUCCUUCCCAUUCAGGACCUCGGGAUGGUCAGCAUCAUCAUGUCAGCACUGCGCUCGGCAUUCGAUGGCCCACAAGAUCUCCAGAUGCGCCUCCUCUCGCUCUAAUCAUCAAUCCAUCGCAUUCGGUUGUCUGCUGCAGCGUCACGGUUCUCGCUUGAGUGAUUCAUGAAUGCUCGGUGCAUGUGUAGGACCUACACGGUGGAAACCAUCUGGUGACCCAGAGAGAACGAGGGGAGGGAAAAUCUGCGAAAGAGGCCUGGCACGAUUUUUUUUAGAUGUCGUUCAGGGGAAUUUGAGCAAGUUUUGGUAGAAAUCGGUGGACGGUGAGAAGAAUUUUCGGUUGGAGUUUAGGAAUCGAGGCGGAGGAGCACAAUGGCGGAGAAAGGAGGCCUCGGAACAAUCGGGGCGCUGGGCUUGUCGGUCAUUUCCUCGGUGGCCAUUGUUAUCUGUAACAAGACUCUCAUUACCACGCUUGGUUUCUGCUUCGCUACCACAUUGACAAGCUGGCAUCUGGCUGUGACAUUCUGCUCACUCCAUGUUGCGCGAUCGUUGAAACUAUUUGAACACAAGCCCUUCGAUUUACGGACGCUUUUCGGGUUUGCCGUUCUGAACGGAAUUUCUAUUGGCCUUCUAAACCUGAGCCUGGGUUUCAACUCUGUUGGUUUUUAUCAGAUGACCAAACUCGCAAUCAUUCCAUGCACAGUGUUGCUGGAAACAGUGUUCUACAGGAAGCGCUUCAGUCAGAGGGUUCAGUUUUCAAUCGCAUUGUUACUCUUUGGUGUGGGAGUUGCGACCGUCACAGACUUGCAGCUUAAUUUCCUUGGUUCCGUAAUCUCUUGCUUGGCUAUUGUGACUACAUGUGUAGCACAGAUUAUGACCAACACCAUCCAGAAAAGGUUCAAAGUUUCAUCUACACAGCUUCUAUACCAAUCUGCGCCGUAUCAAGCUGCUACACUUUUCGUGUCGGGGCCCUUCCUGGAUGCUGCCUUGACCAACAGGAACGUAUUCAGUUUCGACUACAACUCAUUCGUUUUGUUCUUCAUCGUGCUUUCGUGUCUCAUAUCUGUAUCAGUUAACUUCAGCACGUUUCUAGUUAUUGGGAAGACAUCAGCGGUGACUUAUCAAGUGCUUGGACAUCUGAAGACGUGUCUCGUUUUGGCCUUCGGAUACAUUUUGCUGAAGAAUCCCUUCAGCUGGCGCAACAUCUGUGGAAUAUUGAUAGCAGUGAUUGGAAUGGGAUUGUAUUCGUAUGCAUGCGUGUUGGAAAGCCAGCAGAAAGCCGAAGAGCUACCCGUCUCAUCAUCUCAGGUUUUAAAAGAGGAUGUGCUAUCUGUGUCUUUGGACACUGAUGAGGUCUCCGAGUCCGAUCCGCUUCUUGAGGAUGGUAGCAUCAAAGUUGGGUCACCAUGGGGCAGCAACAAAACCGGUUUCGGAAAAGAUUUGCGAGCAUAAUUCAUUAGCUCAACUUUGCAGCAGUAUACUUUGCAGCAGUAUAUGAGAUUGAUUACACUUUCCUCAUAGGCAGUACAGGGAGUAAGGAAUAGGACUCCAGUUACAAUUGGACAGCUGCACAGUAAGCAUCUACAUAAACCAUCUGUUAAACCUUAUUAUUGCACAUCGUUGUUAGAUCAGAAUGAGCAUUCCCCUUCAAUUGUUCCGGAAACAGCCCUCAACUGUUGAGAAUUUGGUUGCUUUCAAUCCUGCUUUUCUUGCUGCCGUUA